GUGUGUCAGUGGCGGUCAGUUGCUUCACUUUGGUGGCCAUAUCCCUGGAGCGCUACUUCGCCAUCUGUCACCCACUCAAGUCCAGGAGCUGGCAGACUCUGUCUCACUCCUACAAAGCCAUCGCUGUCUGCUGGGCGGCCGCCUUCCUUCUCAUGGUUCCCUCGGCUGUCUAUCAUGACCUUGUUGAAAUACGGCCGCACAUCAACGCGUGCGUAGAGAUCUGGCCCUCGACCAACAGUCUGAAGGUCUUCACAGUGACUCUGAACCUUGUGCUGCUCGUGUUGCCGUGCAUCCUCAUGAGCUGGGCCUACGGCUGUGUCUGCUACACCUUGUGGGUCGGCAUCCAAAUGGAGAAGCAGUCAGAAAAGGAAACACAGAACAAGCUGACAACAGCCGAGUACGACGCCCAAAACGGUGUUUCUCUCUGUCUCAAGAAGAAAGUAAUCCUGACUAGGGGCAAUUACGACGACGCUGACUUUCCGACCGUCAGUUCUGUGAGUAGUCAGACCACAAGCGGCUCCACCAAGUUCACAAACGCCGUCACCAGGCCAGUCCGGAGGAUGGACGCCCAUAGAGCCAUGCGACAGUCCAACACCGAACGAUCCAGGGCAGCCAAAAAGCGAGUCAUCAAAAUGCUCUUCAUGAUCGUACUGGAAUUUUUUAUUUUCUGGUCACCGACCUUCGUCCUUGACACCUGGAUGGCCUUCCAUUUCCCUAGCGCUAGAAGACACGUGACACCGGUGACCAAAUCACUCAUCCACCUUCUAUCAUACAUCAGCACCUGCUGCAACCCUAUCACUUAUUGUUUCAUGAACAAAAACUUCCGCCAGAGCUUUCUCCUGGCAUUCAAGUGUAAGAAGACCCGCUAUGUGUACGCGAAUAAGACUCAGAUGUCCUUUACUUCAGGCAACACUAUGUCCACAAGAGCCCCGGCCAAUCCUUCAACGGCCACCAGCUACGACAAGAUCGUGGACUCUGAUGACGUCUCCGAGAACAGUUUCUGA